UUUCCUUUUCUCUGUAUUGUUAUCAUUUUCCACUUGAAAAUGGGUUCUCUACAUGCAGUUUCCUUGUCACUUUUGGUCAUCAGUAUUAUUGUUGGUUCAGCUAAUGGUGAUAUCUAUGAUGGUGCGUCUUAUGAUUUUAUGACAUCCAAAUUGGCUAAGGAUCAAGAAAGGCUUCUCUCUACCAUGAUUGGCAUUGAAGGAAUUAUUCUUUACAAAUUUGGCUCAUCAAUUUCCCCUCUUCAAGGAGGUUUGGCAAGAAUAACAUGUAAAACAGUGGAUGAGUAUGGCUAUGAGGCAGCUUCUUACACAUUUUUAAGUGAGUCAAGUGAUGAAAAUGGCUAUUUCUUGGCAACAUUAUCUCCUUCAGAGGUAGAAGACAAGAGAGAGUUGAAGGAAUGCAAAGCUUUUCUAGAAGUCUCACCAUUAGAGAACUGUCAAUCUCCUUCUGACCUCAACAAUGGAGUCUCUGGUGCUCUUCUCCAUUCUUACAAAUUUUUGGUUCAUAAUAACAUGAAACUCUUCUCUGUUGGGCCUUUCCUUUUCACUUGCCAAACUUAAAACAGGAAGAUAUAUUCAAUAUACAUGUAUGUAUGAUAAUUAUUAACGAUCUAUAUAUAUAUAUAUAUAUAUAUAUAUAUACACACGUUGUCGUCAAAUGAAGCUUAGUUAAGAGACUUUAACCUGAAAAUUCGGAAAGAAUUUUGAAGGUCAUUAGUGCCAUUAUCAAAUUUGAGAUUAUAAAAUAGUUUUGUUUUAUAA